AGGAGAAGGAGAAAGAGUUGGUGGUGAGAUCGAUGAAGUGGCAGGCAGAGGGAAGGGGAGGAGGAGGAGGAAAAUCUCACGAGAUAAUGAAAGAAAAAGAGGAGAGCUGCUAGUGGAGAGCAACACACACACACGCCAAAAAAACCAGGCUAGACCCGGAGAUUUUUUGGAGUGCAAAACAAAGACUGGAGGGAGAGAGAGAGAGAGAGAGAGGAAAAAAAACAAGGGGAUAACGAAGAGCACGAGAGAGGGUCGUCUGUAACCGCAGAUGUUUUUUUUUUCCUUUUUUUUUCAAUCUGGUUUUGGUGAAUGUAGCACCCCGGGGCGCAGCGGACCAAUUGCGUGAAUCUGCAGGGCUGCUCGGCGACACAAUCGGAGAGAUGCACAGGACGGACAACAGCCGCGGACGCGCACUGAGAAGUGGAUCAUAAAGGCACAAAAGCGAGGCUCCUGGCCGAAGACACAGCUGAGCACCAAAGAGACAAGCCAGAGCGCUGAUGCACAAGUGCGAAUAAAACCCACAGUUCAAGCUCCUGAUGCCGUUGCAAACUGGUUUUCUGGGAGUUUGAGGGAGUUUGAAGACAGUACUUAACGUUAUCAGAUAAUUAAUUAGACACCCCAUAAGCCCGGAAAUCAAUUAAUUCACAAAUCAAUAAAUCCAUAGUCUGGUGUAACAAGAGACCUUCCAGACUGUUAGCCUGGCUGUUGAACAACAAUAACAAGAAGAAGAGCAACAGCACAGGGAAGCAAGAAAUACUCAUUUAUUUGCUGAAAUUGAAGAUGGAUGGGAGUCUAGGGGAGAUGUCCCUCCACAGCCACUCUGAUCUGGCCCACAGCCAGGACGGCAGGGCGAUGCUGCACUCGCGGGACCUUUCAGCUGCUUUCCCCAGGCCUUCCCUCGGGGGCUCCUCCAUGUCUCUGGAACCUGAGCCCCGUCCCCCGGGUUUCGACCACUCCAUGUCGGCACUGGGCUACAGUGGCGACUCCCCGUCCAGCUCUGGCAGCACCUACACCACCCUGACCCCCCUGCAGCCCUUCGACGACAAGUUCCACCACCACCACCAUCACCAUCACCCCUGCCUCCCGGUCAGCAACGUCAUUGGCAGCUUCACCCUCAUGCGUGAGGACCGAGGCCUCAGCACCAACUUCUACAACCCAUAUGGGAAGGAACUGGCCAUGUCCCAAAGCCUGUCGCCCCCCUCCACAGGUUCAGGCUUGGGCUCCACCAUGCACGGCUAUGGCAGUCUGGGCAACAGCCCCAAUGGCAAUGGCAGUCAGAUGCUCCACGGCGGCUACGACGUCCAUGGGGGGAGCCUCUUCUGCAGGACAACGGAUUUCGGCCGAGAAAUGUCACCACCAGGCCUUGGAGGAGGCGAUGUGUCAGUGGGGCAUCAACUGAAUAAAAUGGAGGCUCACCAGCACGCCCCGGGCCACCACCCACACAUCUACAGCCAGCAUUACCAGCCCCACCAUCACCCGAGCCAGCAGGCCGCCAAGAUGGGCGAGCACCUGCACUCCUCAUCGUCCGCCUCGUCCUCGCCUGGCGAGGGCAUGCUGCCAGGCUCACAAGUCAGCGGAGGCGGCACCGGGGAGGAGAUCAACACCAGGGACGUGGCCCAGAGGAUCAUCACCGAGCUGAAGAGGUACAGCAUCCCUCAGGCCAUCUUUGCUGAGAGGGUUCUGUGUAGGUCACAGGGCACACUGUCUGACCUCCUGAGGAACCCCAAGCCCUGGGGCAAGCUCAAGUCCGGCCGCGAGACCUUUAAGAGGAUGUCCCGCUGGCUCCAGGAACCCGAGUUUCAAAGAAUGGCCUCGCUCCGGCUGGAGGCUUGCAAGCGUAAGGAGCAGGAGCAGAGCAAACUGGAGCGCAACCAGGGCCCGAAGCGCACUCGGCUGGUGUUCACGGACCUGCAGCGACGUACGCUCAUGGCCAUCUUCAGGGAGAACCACCGCCCGACCAAAGAGCUGCAGGUCACCAUCUCCCAGCAGCUGGGCCUGGAGCUCUCAACAGUCAGCAACUUCUUCAUGAACGCCCGCCGACGCAACCUCAACAAGUGGGCAGAUGAGGGCCGUCCCUCCUCCACCGGUUCCUCGGGCUCCAGUGUUUCCUCCUCCGCAGUGUCCUGCAGCACGGCGUGAUGAUGGACCCGCCGAGGAGGUGCGGAGGGGAGGGCACUGAGGGAGCAAGGGGGCACAUAGACUGGUCUAGGCAGAGAUCAGCCGUAAUAAAUGUCCUCCUCGUUAUCAGAAGGAGCGACGGAGCCAGCUAAUAUAGAUGAUUUUAUGAAGAUGAAGCAUUUUCCCAAACCAAAGUUGAUUGCUCCCUUGAAAUGGAAGGGGAGCGAUGCCUAGAGUGAUAUGAUUGCAGGGUGUGAGGCCCUGCUUGUAUAGUCAAGGGUGGAAAGAGUAUUUGACUCAAAGAAGAGUCACACCCUUACAUAGACACCAUCUCAUUACAUUAUUUUGAUUAUGUAGAUUAGAGAUAAUGAGGGUAUUACAAAUCAGGAGGAAGCAUAUUUUGGUGUACCUUCAAAUUUAUUCUCAUCUCUGCAAACGUGAAGAAUCAAGAGGUGCCGUUUGCUCACAUCCAGAGAGCUCCAUUGUGUAACUUCUUAAUCAAAAGUGUUCGCCAUCAUCCAAAGACGUUAAUCCUCCCCCAAUGUUCUUAUAGCCCUAUUUUUUCCUCAAGAAUCAAGGUGAAAGAGGAAGAAAAGACUUUUUUAAUUUCCAUUUUUUUCUGAAGAACCUAAUUCCUCUUUCUUAGCAUGUGUUUCCAUGGCAAUGGUUCCCAGGACUGUAUGGCGUUGCUCCUAGCUCGGAGCCUGGAAUUAUCAGGAUGGUUCUGUAGCGUCCAUGACUCCCAGCUCUCAAUCAUUUACCAUCAACAGGAGCCAUUCCUGUAUUUUUGUCAAGAAGGUUCCACCUUGAAUGAAUCAGAGUUUUCAAGGGGGAACCACAGUGCAUCUCGCUGUAUGCCAGGACAGAAUCAAUAAACACAAAUAGGACGCAAAAACAGACUUGUUGGUGCAACCGUCUAGCUUUAAGACUCUCACUGAGCUUCCAAGUGAAAGCUCCACAGCCAUUUUUUGACUCAAAAUCAAGCCAAAAAAAGAGAAAAAUGACAAACAUCCUUUGAACACAAAGGCUCCAUGGAGAAGAGGUACACCUGACACAAUGUAUAGUGACAUUGUAGUAUUUUUUUUCACUCAUUUCCAAAUAACUGUACACACCUCUGCUCCAUUAUGAAAUCUUUUUUUACAGAUGUCUAGAAAAUGGAGGAAUGUGAUUCUUUCCGCCCUUUUUGUACAGAUUUCAAGCACAUCGCUCUAUUUAUAGAAACACGUUGGAAGUGCAGGGCAGUUUGUUUCAGCCCUGCUGACGUACAAGGUCAUUUUUUUGGUCCACAAAGGAAAGGCUUUAACAUGCCUCCUUAUAGCCAAUAGAUAAAUCAAACCAAGAACCUUUCAAAUGCAAUUACUGAUCUGAUCAACGUAUUUAUUACUGCAUUUGUGUAUUUAUUGUUUUCCCUUUUGUUUUUUCUCUCUAUUUAUUUGGUUAUUUAUUUAUGCUAUCUAUAUACUGUAAGUAUUUAUUUAACACUGCUCUGUAUGUCUGUGUGAAACUGAAGACUUUUUCUGAUGGGCACUUUUAGCUGUAGAAUCCCAUCGUAAUACCAAAGAUUAACAUUGCCUCCCUGAAUGUACGGCCUGAAUCCCUAAACCCAGUAUCCCUAUCCCAAACCCAAUCCAGCCCGACCCACCCAGUGAUGUUACGUAUCUCUCUAUCUUUAAGGCCUGGCCUUUAUUUUUGUUUUGUUUUCUUUGUUUUUUGUAGAAUAAUGGGGAAAUUCUUUACUCUUGCAAAUGUCUCUGCUGUCAGCUCUUAACGCCAAGGCCAAAGCUUGUUUGAAUGUUGUGAUAAUAUUUAUAAUGAAUAAUACUAUGAAUAAUAACAAUAAUAAUAAUGACAAAGAUGAUGUGGCAUCCCAUAGGCUCACAAGUUGCUUGUAAAGUUGUGUUUAGACCAAUGCCAUGUGGCGGAGUGUGUUAAGUGUCUGGGGACCCACUUGAAGUGCUGUCCAAAGUUGAAUCCUUCAGGGUCACAUGCAAACAUGCGUACUGUGUGUCUGCUGGGGGAAAUGCAUGGUUGUGACACUUCUAUCUCCCUCACCUAACGCCCUCCCCAGUGUAGUGCAGACACUUCUAUGUUCAACUCAGUGUGAUCUCACCAUCCUCCAUAUGCCAAACCCUUCUGCCAGUUGUCUCAGUUCCAAGAAGGUUCUUAGGGUUCACUCUCAGUUUUCUGAGGUUCUUAAUGUGUUGGUCCAUCUUCUGAGGAUAUUGGACUUCUGUUCCCUGGGUUCUGAAGGUCUUGGAGUUUGUUCUUGGUCUUAUAGGGUUCUUAUACCAUUCCUCAUCUUCAGGGGAUCUUAGGUUCAUGUACCUAUGGUUUGUCCCUGGAUUUGAGGGGUACUUCCGGUUGGUUUCUGAUCUGGAGAGAGCUCUAAUUUGACUGCGACGCCUCAGGUUUGUGGGCUAUGUCCACGGCCUUCCAAGAGUCUAAGGGUUCAUUCCUCAUCUCAUUUGUUCCAGGUCCUCAAUGGUUCCCCCAGCAAUUUGCACAGCGCAAGUGAUUUGAUUUUCCAGCGUUGUGUGCUGGAUGCCUAAAUCAGGAGAAAGUCACCCAAGAUCUCAUUCUCUGACCCCUGUGUAAAUGCUGCCAAAGAGUGGCAAGGCUAGCUUGGCAGUUUUCCACCCUCACUCUCUCUCUGUCUCAUUUUCUCUCUUUCUCUGUCUUUAACGUUGGAAGGGGCGGAUUGCCGGGGCCCCCUUCACAGCGUGCACUUGAAAGACAGGCGGUCAUGAAAGAGGCCAUCGACUUUUUCGCGGACUUCAAAGGGGAGGCUUUUUUCAUACCGUCUCCUCUCUGGGUAUCUGGUCUGGGGUCCGCUCUUGGCCAGACCUGUGGGCUUUAGGGGGCAUUCAAAGGGGGCGGGGGGAGAUCAGAGAGGAGGCUGAAUCAUCCAGAAUGAGGAAGGUGGUAGUGGUGUGCGAGGGGGGUUGUUUGAGGAACAGGAGGUGUUAGAGUAGUGGGGCAUGGAGCUGAAUUAAACUUUAAUGAGCAACAAUUGUAAGCAUGCUGAGAGCGAAGGGGGCGGUGGUGGGGAUGUGUGGUUGAGUCUGUACAAGGGUGAAAAAAUAUAAAAAAUGAAAGAGCUUGAAGACUCUUCUGCCGACCCCUGCUCACCACUGUCAUUGUAUCAAAGCUGAGGUGACACCUUUCAGGUUUCUCUUUGUCUCUCUGACUGGGAGCCUAAAAUGGAGACGGAGCUUUUUGUAUUGAGCCACCUUCUGCUCCAUGUCAAGCAGGGAGGCUCUUCCUUUUCUGUACAGAGGGGAGGCGGGAGGGAGGAGUGAAUCCAGUUGGCUGCUGCAGGUGAUCCACAUUGCCAUUUUAGCCUGCGGCACCCCCUAGUGACUUUUCUAGAAACUUGACCCAGAGACAAGCCUGGCAGCUGAGGCCGUUGCAGAGCAAUUCUGAGGAGCACGUAAAUAAUAGCAGAACUGAAAGCUAAUAUAUACUUUCAGAAUUAAAAAAAUAGAAAAAAGGCAAAAAAAAAAACCUAACUUUUUUUUUGAUGAUGUUUAAACCAAAAGAAACAACCAAAGAUUAAUGGGUAACUGCUGAAUCAGUAUGUAUCAUAGGUAGUUUUAGCAGUUUCCUAUCAGAGCUACCGUAGCACUCAGAGGAUUCAAAAAGCACCAGUGGGGUUCCGCGUGCUAAUUAUUUAUGUUGCAUAAAACAGUAUUAUGUUGAGCUGGAACUGAGAAACUGACAUGAGGCAGUGUCUUCAGAUGGAAGUCUUUGGACUUUGUAAACUCCAGUGUCCCCCUGUCUGUCCCCACCUUUUCCCGUGUGUGUACAUGAAGACUUUACCCAUCUACCUCAACUGUGUGAGAUGUUGUGUGGCAAAGAUAUUCCUUAACCAAAGAAUCCAUCCUGUCAGGGUGUCUGUCUAUCUAUCUAUCUUGUCUGUCCAUCCAUCUCUUCUUCAUGCCUUUUACUCCAAACCAAAUGUGCUGGAAUCAAUCUGUAACAGGAGCCGAACGAGGCCUCCCAUCCAGCCAAAGCUGAAGUCCAGUAUGCUAGAGUGUCCCAUUGAUCCAUGUUCUGUAUAUAAAUAAAAUCAUUUUCAAGACCAAAAAAGAAGGAGGUGACAAUCCAAGCAAGGAGGAUCUUGCUGUAAUCAACGUUGCCUAUUCCUUGUUUUCUGAAAACUAGAAUCAUGCGACUUGCUGUAAUAGAAAAAGCCCAAGAAUCAAGCGUUCAUCCCAAAAUAAAAAAGGUCAAAGGAGACAGAAGCUAUUUUUCCACAUUUGUAAGCCACCCCUUCCCACCCGUUUUUUCCAAAAUGUUUAGUGUAGUUGAAAUACUGUUCGAUCCCACUGUUGUAAGUAGGAAUUAAUGAAAUCCAUACAAAAAGCUUUAAAUGGGGAAGAGCUGAGGGAAGUAUUUGACUGAGUCUGGGUUUCCUCAGCUUGGACUCGGCCCACCAUGCUUUAUCGUGCCAUUCUUGUCCAUGUGUUAGACUUACUAAUGAAUGUGGCUAACCAACCAAAGGCUUUAAAAAAAGAUACACAACACUUUAAACGUCAAUCAUGGUGGGACAUUUUGUAUCAACAACUAAAGAAAAAUCCCUUUGAAUACCUCAUGUGAAAAUUGUUUGUUGUGAUGUUGCACUAAAAAAAUAAAAAUGACUCAUUUGUA